AUGGAGGAUCACGGUGCGGUCAUCAAGAUCGUUAGCUGGUUCUUGCUUAUUGUGUCGUCCGGAGCUGUGGUUGCCUGUCUGUUGACAAGCUGGCAUCUACUCGGGAGGAAGAUCUUGGUGCUGACGCUCCUACUAAGCACGCUGCUCUCGUCCGCCAUCGCAGGGGCCACUGUCUCCAUCGCCGCUACGCGUGGCUUGGGGAGACCGCUGUCGGAGGGCUCCCUCACCGAAGAUCAACUUGCGGGUCUCCAGAUCGCGAUCUAUGUCACUGAGAUCUCCCAUGUCCUGACCCUCGGCCUCGGAAAGCUCUCCUUCAUUGCACUCUUCUACAUGGUCCUCUCUGGGAGCGCGUUGACAACCCUCACCCGCGCCAUCUUUGCUGUCGGGACCUUUCUCAUUCUUUGGACCUUGACGACGGUUCUUGCGGUCGCGUUUCAGUGUCAUCCACCUGAGGUCUGGAACUUGAUGUCUGGGAGGUGCUUGGAUGUGACCGCUCUGUGGACAUACUACGGCGCCAUGAACAUCAUCAUCGAGACUCUCCUCUUCACGGUACCCAGUGUCUUGAUCUACCGGCUUCGAAUGCGCCUGCGCAAACGGUUGGUCGUUAUUGGAUGCCUGAGUGUGCGGACCCUAGACAUUCUCGUCUCGGCCGUGCAGCUCCAAUACGUCCACGGCUUCGACCCCAGCCCUUCUCUCCCCUCCGCCCUCUACCCGUGGAUGCUCUGCAGCCAGGUCCUGCAGACUGUCGCCAUUGUAGCCACCUGCGUGCCGUAUCUGCGCGAGUUCCUGGAGUCUUUCCCGAGUGGUAUGCUGAAGCCAGCAGGCGUGGAGCGGACUACGGGGCUGCGGUACGGGUCCGGUUCGACCAGGCUGCUGGACAGUGAUUCAGGCGCGUCUCCGUGAUUCAUUCAUUCUAUAUCAUACUGUAAUUUAUUAUUAUUUCC